AUGAAUUGGACCCGUAGUAAGAGUCGCGGCGAUGGCGUUUCUGAUGAUGCCCUUCGUCCGUUCGACGUCAAGAAAUUGACAUCCGCGAGGAGUGGGGCGCACGCAGGCCGCAGGAUCAGAACGGGGGACGGACCAUCAGAUUUUUUGCGUGCGUGUGCCAGCCAGCCCUGCAGAGUGCGCACCCGCCUGGCAUCGUCGAGGGAGCCUCGAUCAGAAAUCCCUGGCGCCACGUGUCCCCGGCACAUCUUCGAGCAGUCUUCGAGCGAGCUCGCCCAAGCCAACAACUCCUUACGGCACGGUUCAGUCCGGUGCUCGAACGGUCAGGUCCACCACAAAGCAGCGGAGCUCGGCGGGGCGGACGGAAGCAGUUGGCUGGCGCAAACAGACGAAGUCGGAAAGGAAGAUUCAGAUAGGUGCACAAUCAUUGGCAUCUGGGCGCAGCUGGGCGCCAGCGGAGUCAUUGGCGAGGGAAGGGAAGCGGCGGAGCGUGGGCAUGUGUACGACACCGAGGCGGACGCCAACAGAUUCGGAUGGGGAGACCUGACGACACCAACACCAACAACAACAACGGCAGCAACAACAUCAACACCGACAUAUGUUCGCGCCCCCUUUUCGCGGCGAGGUGCUUUCUUUUUCUAUUUCUGGCGCGGCACCGUGCUCUGGGCCCUUCACCGCGGCUGUGCGCUCCCACCCUCCCUCGGCCUCCUUCCUGAUGGGUCUCCAUGCCUCGGGCGUACACACGACCACGUUACUUCGCGUGUUUGCAUUCCCCGUCCGAGCGACGACGACGUCCUCACGCAGCUGAGCACCGCCGCCGCCGCCGCCGCCGCCCACGCGUGCAUCUCCUACCCUCAUUCCGCCCAACGUCCGAUUGAUGACCCCCACGUCUUCCGUGGUAUUCCUGACCACGCGCACUCCCAAACGUCCCCGCCUCCCAAGCGCGCGUUCUGCCCCCAUCCCCAACACGCGCACCCUUCCCAACCCUGUCCCUUCCUCCCUCGCGCCUUCUCGAUCUUCUCAUCGACGGCCACUGGACGCAUCUUCCCUUCGCGCUUCCCAGACCCAGCCCGUCCGUCGCGUGCGUGGACCGCGCACUCGCCAAAACACCUCCCCUGCCCGCACAUAGCCGGCCGUCCGUCCACCGAAAACCACCUCAGCUUUGUCCACUUUGCCGCAAUCUCUAUUCAUUUCCCCUUCUCCCAUUCCCAGGUGGCCACGCUCCCCUCCCAGCGCACCGGGUCCGCGACCAAGCCCACGAAGCCCAGACGCGACCCAGACGCGGCGCGCUCGUUAUCGUUCCCACUUGCUCAGCCCGAGCUCGAGCCUCCCGAGCCCAAGCUGCAUGGCCAAGACAAAGUAGUCCCGUUUGCUCCCUUGCGCGAGCCCCACUCACGCGCGACGCCCUGUCGACAAAUUCAGGCCCCCCCUGGGCCCCUCCCCCCUUCGCUCGAUCUGAUCCCGCGCGCUGACUCACCCCGCCUUGUCCUCUCGAUCCGGUUCGACGCUCGCUCGCGACGCCCCUCCUGUUCUCCCCGAGUCAGACGCGGUCGCCCCGCCCUCGUGACUCGACUCGACCUGGUUCGGUUCGCACGCGCGAGGGUGGUCUUCGCGAACCCCCGUCCGGCGCCCACACCCCCCGCCCCGGAUACGUUCCCACCGCCAGACGCACAGAACCACGCGCCGCCCCCCUGCUGCUCCCCGCUGCAGGUCACGGUCGGUCAGGCUCCCUCUGUCCCGCAGCUCGUCUCUCUCGCUCCCUGGUGUCGGCCUGGGUCCCUCCUCUGUGCCUUCGCGAACCCGCGUUCGAUGGAACCGAUAGCGUUGCCACCUGAGCCCCACCCCCCCCCCCCCAAGCUCAGUUUCGCAGGCCGCCUGAUCACAGCCCAGCGACGCCAGGUGACCACCGCCGAAGCCCUCUUUCCGUCUCCGCAUUUGCCCACGCCCGCUGCGCCUGGCCCCCACGGUGCAGCGUACGCCCCUCCAUCAUUCAAGACAGAACAGAACGCCCUAUCGUCGCAAUCUGCGCCGCGCUGGUCGGUCGGUCAGCUGCGAGCACGGUUAUGGGCGGGCCCGCGCGCCGGCGCGAUGUCUGGUUUGCCAGGGCCCCUCUCGCGCAGGGGCCCGAGAGCGGGGCGGGGCGGGGUGAACGUGCGUGGAACCAAGCGAAGGAUCACUGAGACCUACACGCCCGCCACCCGCCAGCCACGCGCGGGACGAUGCGCGGCGUGUGAAAUCCCCGCGCGCGGGACGAUGUACGUGUACCAACCAAUUACCAAGUACGUACAUCGACAAGCCGUGUCGAACACGCGCAACGCGCUCGCAGACCCCAAGACUGCGCGCUCGUCGAUACGUCGCGCACCGGACGCAUUUCGAAGCCCCGUUUCUGAAUUGGGUGUCACCAGAAGAUCCGAGACGCGGUGCGAGGCCAUCAUACAACUGUCCUCUGACGACUUGAGUGCGACAGCCCCUCCGGAUGGCGAGCUCGAGCCUCCCGUGGCGCGCUCCCGAGCGCACAUUCUCGACUUCUCGCCGCGAUCCAGCACCGAGCGGGCGCCUCAGACGCCCCACCUCGCUCGCCCUUCCCGCACCUUCCUCAUGCGCACUAGCGCGCUUUCGAGGUCCCCCAGUGGUCCCGCUCGCACCGACGCGCCGUUCCCGGAGUCCCUGAUCUUUGUGCAUUUACUUAUCCCGCCCGGCGCUCGGGUCGCUUUGCGCUCGCGCGACCAGGCACUCGUCCUCUCCUUCCCUUUCUCGCCCGUUUUCGAUGCGGGGCCCGUAAAUCACUCGAUCGCGUGUCCUCCUCACAAAGUGACGACGCCUCUGCAGCAGAGGCGCCCGUUCUUGGACACGCGUGGCUCUGAACGGCACACGUGUUUGCGAUCCACGUUCCACGGCACCGACGGCGGACCCCCCGGCUCGUGCGAAUCCUCCCCCCUCGCCUCUCUGCCCGACCCACUACAAAUUCUGUACUAG